GUGCUGAUUUGCUGUGUAACGUCCCGAGGCCGUAAUUAGAGACUCAUAACUCGGGUAACCAACAGCGGCGGGAAUAUGGAGUAUCUGAUUGGCAUUCAGGGCAAUGACUUCGUACUUGUGGCUGCGGACACAGUGUGUGCCAACAGCAUCAUUAAGAUGAAGCACGAUGUGGACAAGAUGUUUAAGAUGAGCGAGAAGAUCCUGCUGCUGUGUGUAGGAGAGGCAGGUGACACAGUCCAGUUUGCAGAGUACAUUCAAAAGAACGUGCAGUUGUACAAAAUGAGGAACGGCUAUGAGUUGUCUCCUACUGCAGCCGCAAACUUCACACGGAGAAAUCUGGCUGACUAUCUUCGCAGCAGGACCCCUUACCAUGUCAAUCUGCUGCUUGCUGGGUAUGAUGAACAUGACGGACCCUCGUUGUAUUACAUGGAUUACCUAGCAGCUCUAGCAAAAACGCGUUUUGCUGCACAUGGCUACGGGGCUUACCUAACCCUCAGUAUUCUGGAUCGCUACUACAAACCAGACCUGACAAGAGAGGACGCAGUAGAACUACUAAAGAAAUGUAUAGCAGAGCUCCAGAAGCGCUUUAUCCUGAGCCUGCCUUCCUUCACAGUGAGGGUCAUCGAUAAGGAUGGGAUCCAUGACUUGGAGACGAUUCCUGCUUCAGGCCUUUAACCUUACCUCUCCCUGACUCGCCUCCUCCUUUUUCUUUUUAUAUAUUAAGGUUAAUUUGUACCACUGUAUGAAACAAAUAAAUUACCCUGUGCAUUUGCAUGUGGGACUCCCAGGACA